CGGCCGGCGUCCUCCCUGCCCGCGCGCAGCUCCCCCAUCCUCCACUUCCCUUCCGCCCCCUCCCUGUCGGGGCGGAAUCGAGUCCAAGGCAGGAUCAGGUUCCCCGCCUUCCAGUCCGAAAAUCCCGCCAAGGGAGCCGCUGAGCCAAGGAAGCCCGAGGAGAAGCCAGGGGGAGAAAGAGACCAGCGAGCCCGUCCCCGCCGGCAGGGAGGGAGCAGCCCGCGCCGCCCGCCGCAGCCACCGGGCACCUGGACCGCGAGCAGCAAGCCUCGCCCCUUUCAACAAAGGCAGCCCGAGCGCAGGCAGCGCGUUCACAACUCAAAAAUGCAGUCCCAACAGUACCUGCAGCAGCGUCGAAAAUUUGCAGCUGCCUUCUUGGCAUUCAUUUUCAUUUUGGCAGCUGUGGACACUGCUGAAGCAGGGAAGAAAGAGAAACCAGAAAAGAAAGUGAAGAAGUCUGACUGUGGAGAAUGGCAGUGGAGUGUGUGUGUGCCCACCAGCGGGGAUUGUGGGCUGGGCACCCGGGAGGGCACCCGGAGUGGAGCUGAGUGCAAACAAACCAUGAAGACCCAGAGAUGUAAGAUCCCCUGCAACUGGAAGAAGCAGUUUGGAGCGGAGUGCAAAUACCAAUUCCAGGCCUGGGGAGAAUGUGACCUGAAUACCGCCUUGAAGACCAGAACUGGGAGCCUGAAGCGAGCCCUCCACAAUGCUGACUGCCAGAAGACCGUCACCAUCUCCAAGCCCUGUGGCAAACUGACCAAGCCCAAGCCUCAAGAAUCUAAGAAGAAGAAAAAGGAAGGCAAGAAACAGGAGAAGAUGCUGGACUAAGAGAGGCCACCUUCGUGGAACAUGAACAGGACAUCAGCAAACAGGAUCAGUUAACUAUUGCAUUUAUACCUACCGUAGGCUUUUUAUUCGAAAAUUAUCUAUAGCUUAAGUACACAAUAGGCAGAGACAAAAAGAAAAGAACAUUUUUGUAGUAGCAUUUUUAAAUGUAUACCAUAGUACCACUAGGGGCUUAUAAUAAAGGACUGUAAUCCUAUUUAGAAAGUUUACUUAUAGUACAUGGUAAAUGAUAGAAAAUCGAGGUAAGUUUUUUUGAAGUUAUGUGAUAUUUUCCAUUUAAAAUCUCGUUUGUUUGUUUUUUACAUUUUUUUUCCUUUUGGCAGCAAUUUAAAUGUUAUGACCAUGUAAACUACUUCUCUUGUUACGUAAUUUUUUCACCUAGACUUUUUUUUCCAAAAUGAGAAAAAUAUAUACUAAACAAGGCAGCAAUAAAAUACAAUCAUCCUAUUUGAGGAAAAGACCUUGUUUUCUGCCAAUGGAUUUAAAAAGAAAUUUAGUCAGUAAACUAGAGUUAGGGGACAGAGCAUGCACUAGUUCAAUGUUGAAGUUUUUUUUUUAAGAAAAGCAUUAAAACAUGAAAUUCUUUCUCUUGGGCAGAAGCACUUGUUUUCUUGAUGAAACUAUUUUUCCAUCUGAGGAAAAUAAAAGACUAGGAAAAUAAAUCAAAGUGAUGCUAAAAAA